CAGCCCGGGCCUAGGUUGUAUCCAAACAAAGGGUAAGAAUUCAGGUAGAAAAGAACAGGAAGAGAAAAGAAAACCCUCAGCCUUCCAAUUGGAUUGGACAGUUGAAAAAUUUUCCAGCUCGAAAUAAUAGCAGAGUUGUCCUGUUACUUGCCUGUACAUACGAGGCAUUGGUCGUCGUUGCGGAGAAGGAGAGGGCUAGCUCUCUCCCUUUUAUAAGCACAAUUUGAUUUCUCCUUUGGGUCUUCAAUUCUUGUUUCUUCUUCUGCUAUAUUCCUCUCUCUGGUUCCGCAAUUCUAAAUUUCAGACAUGGAUGCUAAUUCAACUGGAAUUGAGUCCUUGGUUGCUCACAUCCAACAACUAGAGCAUGGAUCUAGUCGACUGAACUCAUUCAUCUAUCAGUUAUAAAUCAUUGAAGUUUGGAUAUAUGGUUGGUGACAUGUCCAAGCGUGAUGAGUUACAUAAAGAUAUAGAGCAGUUGUGCAUGCAGCAAGCUGGACCUAGCUACCUUGCUGUGGCCACAAAAAUGCAUUUUCAAAGGACAGCUGGCUUGGAGCAGGAGAUUGAGAACUUGAAAAAGAGGUUAGCUGCCUCUACAAGAGACAAUCAAAAUCUUCAAGAGGAGCUUUCAGAGGCUUACCGAAUCAAAAGCCAGUUGGCUGACCUACACAAUGCAGAGGUUGUAAAGAAUGUGGAGGCAGAGAAGCAGGUUAAAUUCUUUCAAGGUUGUGUAGCUUCUGCUUUUGCUGAACGUGAUCAUGCAAUAAUGGAGGCUGAGAAGGCUACGGAGAAAGAGGAGCUCGUAUCCCAAAAAUUUAAUGAAAUGCAGAAGAGGCUAGAAGAGCUUGCGUCAGAGUGUCUUGAACAGAAGAGACUAAAUGAUGCACUGCUGAUAGAUCUGGCUAAGCAAGAAGAGCAGAAUGAAACUUUCAAGAAGGUUGUUGACAAGUUUUAUGAGAUUGGGCAGCAUUCUCUUGAAGGAUUUGAAGAUGCAAGUUGGGAUGAUAAAUGUACAUGGCUGUUACAUGGCUCAGCUGAAAUGUGGAGUUAUAAUGAUACCUCCACCUCUAAAUACAUUGUAACUUCUCAUGAUCUUUGUUUUGGUUUGUUUUGUAAAUAUACACAAUGUCACCACCACACAACUCAUGUUGCGUUGGAUCAUCUAGGAUUGCAUAUAUGCUAACCCAAGCCUCAGCUGGAUGAGCUUAGCUUUUGGCUUGUUUCACCACCAUACAUCACAUGUUGCAUGGGAUCAUCUAGCAUUGCGUAUGUGCUGAGCUAAGCCUCAGCUGGAUGAGCUUAGCUUUGGCUUGUUUACAAAUGAGCUAAACAUUUGGGCUUAGGCUUCACUUAGUUGGCUAAUUUACUAACGGGACAGGUUAACCUGGUGUAACCCUGUUCAUAUUUCUGUCAUCUGUUAACUAACCAGGUGUAAUCUGUCAUCUGUUAAACAAGCAGAAAUUAGCCAAGAACUUUCUCAAUAGACUAAGUUGUGAUAAAUAUUUAACCAACAAUUAGAAAAAGUGACAGUAUUUAUUUUAAAAUUUUAAUAUACUUUGCAGUACUUGUUCUUUUUAAUAAUUUGUAUGAUAAUAUAUGUAUCCUUUAAGUCUUCCAUUUCCAAUAUGAUUUAUUUGGUGAACAGUUUUAAAGUAUUCUUAUGCAUGUAAUAAAGUUUACCACUGGAUCAGUUAAAACAAAUUUAUAUACAUGCGUAAAAAUGAGCUAUCUCAUGAGCUUAAAUAAGCCAGGUUUUACUUAGCUCAAGUUUAAUUCUUUUAUUAGACAGGGCUUAAAAUGUGUUAAUUAAUUUAACAAAUAAGCUUGAGUU